AUGGCUGAAGCUGCUGUAUCUUCAACUGAAGCUACUCAACCAAAAUCUCCAGCUAUUUCAUUUAUAAAUUCAAAUAAAGGAAAACCUUUACUCGUAGCAAAUAACUAUGUUUUCAAAUUGAAUAAAACAACAACUACUACUAAAUAUUGGAUAUGUACACUUAAUGGAUGUUCAGCUAAAGUACAUACAGAUUUAAAUAGUCAAUUGAUUAAAACGAUUGGUGAUCAUAAUCAUCUUGCAGAAAAAGAAAAACUUGAAGUUCGUGAAUUUCGUGAAAAAGUCAAACAACGAGCAAUAAAUGAAACAACACCAAUUCCACGUAUAUUUGAUGAAGAAUGUGCAAAAGCAAUGUUGUCAGAUGCUACAAUAGCUGUAUUACCAAGUGAAUGUGAAAUGACCUUUCCCUGUGUUUUUGGUUUGUUACCUAAUCGACAGAAAAGUACAUAUCAUUUCAUGUUCAAUGAAUUGAAAUCAAUCGCUUUACAAAUGCAAUUAAAUUUCGCACCAAAAACAAUCAUGAGUGAUUUUGAACCAGGACUAUUGACUGUAGUUUCAGCUGAACUUGCUACAGUAACACACUCAUCGUGCUAUUUCCACUUCACUCAAGCCAUAUAUCGAGCAAUACAACGCGUUGGUUUAUCAACAUCCUAUAAUGAUGAUGAUGAUGUUAAACAAUAUUGUCGAAAAUUGAUGGCUCUCCCAUUACUACCAGAAGCUAUUAUUGAAGAUACUUAUGAUGAUUUAAUUGCAACAAUGCCAAAACAAUUGAAGGACACACUAAAUGAUUUAUUAGAAUAUUUUCAACAGCAAUGGUUUGUAAAAGUUCCUAUUUCUCAAUGGUGUGUACAUGGUCUUAACAUAAGGACCAAUAAUAAUGCUGAAGGUGAACUUUUUCUUUUAUUUAACUCGAAAUAUCAUUUUCUUAUGUUUAAUAUAGCAUUUCAUAGUCGUUUUAAUCGUCGAGUACAAGUUAAUCAUCCAAAUAUUUGGUCAUUCAUAAAAAUUUUGCAAGGAGAAGAAAAUCGUUUUCAUCAUAUGUAUGUUCAGUUUAGCGCAGGUUUAGGCAUUAGACAAAAACAGGCUAAAACAAUUGCUAUUCAACGUCGUAUAGAUAAUCUUGGCCAACGAUAUUAUGAUGGUGCUAUAAGUGCUAUGGAAUAUUUGGACGCUUUAUCAUUUACAGUUGCUAAACAGAAAAAAUGA